AGCGACAACAUCCUAUCUCGUCGGUAUAAACGGAAGUAAACAGUAGCUAAGAAUACUUUCCACGUUAGCGGUUUUUUAUUUAUUUAGACGUUUAUUAACACCCUGGAACUCAAACUAUGGCUAAUUUAACUGCACAGCACCACAUACGUACCCCAUGUAGUCUUUAAUCCGCGUUGGAGACAGGACUUCGAUGGUCAAUAGAGGUUAGCUAUCUAGGUAACGCUACCUAGCUGCUAAGUUAGUUAACAAUGGCUGCUAACUGUAUGGUUUUUCACACUCAAAUAGCCUCCAUAAUGGAGGUGCUAGCGAAUGCCGCAGUGGCAGAGGUCUGUAAACUCGUAGACGACGACUAUGCAGUCUUUCGUUUGGAAAUAACUCAAAGCCAGAAAGAAACCAGUGCAUUGCGGAGGAAACUACAGCUACUUGAACUGAAAUUGUCACGGGAGCGCACAGAAAGGACAAUGCGAGAGCGCGUCCUCGCCAGUCGUCCCAGAAGUGUCAAGAUCCUCGACCGAUACAGAGGAAUGGCAAGAGGUGAAGGAGAUCUCACUGGAGGCCACAGGAGCUUUGUGAAGCCAGCGGGACACAAUACAUGGAGAGAUGACCAACCAAUCACUGUUGAUGAGGAGAGUCGAACCUCAACCCAAGACGUUAUUGUGAUAGAGGAUGCAGAGGUUGCAGGCCCUGGGGUCAAGCAGGAGAGGUCUGAAGGUGAGGAGGACCCACAGCACAGCAGAGACAUCCAGAUUGCAGUGGCUGGAGCACCCCCUGAAGCCACGGAGGACCUCGCUGCCGCGCCCCAGCCCAGGACCCAACGCAGCAUCAUGGAGGAGGAGGAGGGUCCAGAGGUGCUGCUGGUGAAGGAGGAGGGGUGUGAGGAGGGUCUGGGGAACCCUGAGGGGACCAUGGUCAUGGAGGACAAUCAGACUACACCUCCACCUGAGUCAGUAGACAUGGAGGAUUGGAAGCCUGAUCUGCUGCUCAUCAAAGAGGAGACCAUAGAGGACCGACCAGAGAGCAUUGACCUGCUAAGUGGACUAAACAUGGGGGAGCAAGGUGGUUGGCUGGAGGAUGACAGAGAAGACUGGGCGGCCAUUUUGGAUUCCCAGACGGGUGCAGCCAAGGGCCCGGUGCACAACAUCACUGACCAGGCCAGGACCAGAGGCGACAUAGUGGAGGACAGUGGAUGGGACAGCGUCCUCAACUCUAGGCUGCGGGACAACACUGUUAACCACAACCAGAAAAAGACAAUUGAACACAAAACAACAACCAAACUUAGUCUCCAUGACAACAGAUUGGCUGAAACCAGGAUGAGACAUGGAUUUGGUCCGGGGGGACGGGGAGGUGUCCAUAUGCAGCUGGAGAGAACAGACAUAGACUCGGUUAGCGAUGCUCCAUCCUGCUCCUAUAGUUGUGAUUCAGAGAGAAUGAUGACGCCUCAGGUUAACCCCCCAACAGGUGCUGCCUUCAGCAUGCCUUCUUUAGGAUCUAUCAACUGGAACAUGGACCCUGCGACAACACAGACACUCCCUGGUCUUUGUCCUCCUCACACUCCCCUAAUGUUAAACCAGACCUCAGACAAUGCCAGUGCCACAACACUAAAUGGCUACACAAGCCCAUUGACAAAUGACAUUAGUAGUGACGGAAUCAGUAAAGGUGUCAGCGCCAAAGAGAAGCGCUUCUCGUGUUCGUUCUGUGGGAAAGUCUUCAGUUUCCCCAAACAGGUGGCGAUCCACCAGAGGAUGCACACGGGGGAGAAACCGUUCGGCUGCCACCUGUGCCGGGCCAGUUUCUCGGACUCGUCCAACCUGAAGAGGCACCAGAGGGUCCACACAGGGGAGAAACCCUACAGCUGCCCCCAGUGUGAGAAGAAGUUCUCCCACCAGCCCCAUCUGAAGAGGCACCUGAAGAUCCACACUGGAGAGAAGCCGUUCGCCUGUAUGCAGUGCGGGAAGAGGUUCUCAGAGAGGGGCUACCUCAGGAUACACCAGCAGAAAAUGCACACCGCCCAUGUAUAGAGUAUAGUGACAUAUAAUGUAGUACUAGUUAGUGUGUUUGUAGUUAAUUCUGUUGGUUUUGGAUGUAUAUGGAACUGGGUGAGGUGAACUGAGGAAAGAAUGAUUAUGAUGAGGCAGAGUAGAUGAUAUGGGGAUGGUUGGUGUGGUGGUGUCUGUACAAAUGCUUCACUGAUGAAGUGACAAUUUUGUCCUGUUCUUUGAUGUUGGUGUUUUUUAUAAUGAGGAAAUUAUAGUGCCUUAAUGCAUGUUUACCUGACAAAGUAGUGAAGAUGUGUGUAAUGUAAUGUUGAAUCUUUUCCAAAGUAUUCUAAAAUGAAUUUGAUAAAUGCGAGGGUACCAGAUUUACAGAAAAGUUUGUUACCAUAGUGAGAAAAGUUAUUGUACUAGAUUUUAUGUGAGUGUAUGACCAUUUUGUUUAAAUUAAAUACGAAAUUGACUCUG